GAACCGUUCACGAACUUUGCGAAAGCUCCAACGAUUCGGCCAUGUUGCACUACCGGCCAUAUGUAAAGCGGUACGUGACAAAUGUCGCAGCAAAUUCUCGAUAUGCAUCGUCUCGGAUAUGUGCGCCAGUUGUGAGGAGUUCUACUUCUCUGUCACAUCGGACGUUUGGCAGCCAGGCCGAGUCCGCAAUCGAAGAUGAGAGGUCCGGAAGGAGAAAUCGAGAACCGCAACAGAGGUUCAGGAUAAGCAGGGACUCGGAGCCAUCACAACCAACGUCGUUUUCGAAAAGGGAAACCUCUGGGAGGAAUCGCAUUGGCAGCGAUGAUAACGCCGUCGCUGCGCCCGAGAGGCGGCGGUACGACCUGAAAUACCGAGAUCCUCUGAAAUUGGCGGACGAUACACUUGCGAAGCUUAAGAAAGAUAGAUUCGAAGAGGCCGAAGAUUUAGUUCGGAGAUCAAGCGCUGCGAUCGAUUGUACAGUUGGCUGGAACCAUCUUAUCGAUUGGCAAUGCAAGAAGGGAAAGAUAAACAGCGCCGUUAAGUCAUACAACGAGAUGAAGAAACGAGGCCAGACGCCUGAUGCAUACACAUAUACUCUCAUAUUCAGAGGCUUGGCACAGCAGGCGCAUCAACAUCCAUCUGCUGUUGCUCACGCAUUGUCGAUAUACCAUUCCAUGGAUGCCGAGAAUGCGCCUGUUCAGCCCAACAUCAUCCACACCAACUCCGUGCUAAAAGUAUGCGCACAGGCUGGAGAUAUGGAUGCUCUGUUUGGAAUAGCUGCCAAGUUGCGAGAUAAAGGCAUACGGGCUCCAAAUAACCUCACAUUUACCAUCAUAUUCAACGCGAUCCGUGAUAACACAAUCAAAAGACUCACGACUGAAAUCAGCGCAGAAGAGCUGAGGCCACUCCGGGACAAAUCUGUGAUGGACGCACGACGAAUGUGGGAUGACAUAGCGAGCCGCUGGAGACAUGGUGAUCUUUGGAUCGAUGAAGAACUUGUCUGCAGUUUGGGCAGGAUCUUGCUGAUGGGAGGUGACAGGGAUAGGGAUGAUGUAUUUGCCCUCCUCAGGCAGACCAUGAAGAUCCCACAACUUGUUAUACCGCAUGGAAGUCGAGUCGAGGUAAUCGAAAAGCCACAAGAGAGCGAAUCACUGGAAGAGUGGGAAAAUGUAAAGCUAGACCAGGCCAAGGUUGAUACUGGCCCUUCUCUCGCCUCACACGGCCAAUUUAAACGGAUAGUUCCAGCGACUCGCAAAGACACAUACGGCAGAGGACUAAGCUCCUUCCCACGACCCGGGCGAAAUACACUAUCUCUAAUCAUGGUGGCCUUACAGAAGGCUAAUCUGGGAAAGCAAGCUACAUUGUACUGGGAGAUAUUCACUAUGCAUUAUAACGUUGAACCAGAUAGUGCGAACUACCACGACUAUCUUCGCAUUCUACGGCAGGCACGUCUCAGCGAUGAGGCAGCUGCUGUGCUCGAAAAGAUGCCCCAGCAUAUGCUCGAAAAGAAGACUUUCCGCCUCGCAAUUGCAGCAUGUGCGCGCGACAAGCACAACCCAAAUUCCUUCAGGAAUGCGACCAAGGUCGUCGACUUGAUGCAGGAAACCAUGGAUACUAUUGACCUCCCUACUCUCCACAUCUACCUUGAUUGUGCGAUUGAGUCCGACACGGACCCGAACCGCUUUCUGGAGAGCAAAACUCGCCAGCUUUCCCCUGGAUCUAUCCAGCAGAUGAAGCAAGCCCUGAUGGAGGCAGACCUCGGGGAAUUGAUUCCGUCCUUGGAUGCGAAGGCGCAGCCUGUUCGGUCUCUGGAGGGCGGAAGGCCUGAUGAUAUUAGGUUAGCCAAAUUCGAGAAGGGCAAAAGGAUUGUUGCAGCUCUCGACAGGGUAUCACCAUCUAUCCUCAAUAUAAAGGCCACCUUGACUUAUGGGACCACAAACAAAGCGAGAUCUUGGUCACAAAGCCGCAAAGACAGCUUAAGUACAGACGCCUCUUACCAACAGGACGCUCUAAAGCUAGCCCAGAGAAUGAUCAGCGCUUAUGAUAAGCUGAUGGACGCUGGCAUGGUUCCACGAGAGGACUAUAGAACUCUUACUAGGGAGCGCUCAAAGCUUACGGCCCUUGUGACGAAAUUUAAAGCCAAGUACGAGCCAGAUACUUGGAACAGAUUUAAAGCCUCAAGCUUUAGGACUUGGAAUAAGGAGAGACCGGAGAUACCGGCAACGGAGAAAGUAGCUGAGCAGGCUGCAGAGAAUGUAGCUGAGCAGACUACAGAAACAACUGGAACGGAGAAUCAGCCGAAAUGAACGACGGGUUGAUGAUUCCUGUUGUGGAUCAAUUCUUGUAUAACUAGAGAGGGACCAACUCCACCCUUUCGGAACUUGGCCUUUUGGUCAAGUUCGGGUCAGAUAUGGCUUGUAUAAAUAUUACCUGUAUCAUAUGUACAGUAAGCCUGUGGAAGUCGCAGCGAAUAAUGAAACUUAAUACGAUUGAGAAGACUGCAGUUGCAUAGUGAAAACCGAAACUGCCUCUUGGACACUGGCCAUACUACGAAUACAAAUGAAUGGCUAUGAUAAAAUACAGCUGCCCCCGGUCACUCUCCAUAGUGCUCAGUCGUGCAGAAUUUCGCCGGCUUUAUGGAAACGCCAUCCUAAACAAAUGCUAAUUGACCCACGAAAGUUGUACACAAUGAAUACAGUCCAAUUGUUAGUGAAAUAACAAUAGUCCGCGUGUGGUCACUUUCGGUUAUUCCCCUGAAAUGAAAGUUGAUGCAGGCCUAUCCAUAGAGCAUCAUGUCUCUCCAAUUUCUUUCCUCAUUCUCCUUUUCAUCCUCUUUGUCGUGAUUCCGUUUCUGGGGUGGUUCAUCAGUUGGGCUAUGAUAUGCAGCCUCUACUUGACUGGCAGGUUGUUGCUGAAUCAUCCGUCCUUGCCGUAUGAAAUUGGAGCUUACUCCUUGGAGGGGACCCCUUCGUGGCGUUUUAAACCCCUCUAAAUCAAUAUUGCCGGUUAUGUUCCCAUUUCCAACUUGUGUAUUGAAGGAGUUCUCAAGCUCAAACUCAAACUUUUCUAAACUGCACGUCCGUACGAUUCUUGAUGGCGUACUGUCGCUCAUGGCCCUAUUUGAUUGCAGAUCAGAUGACUGAGCAUGUUCCUCUCUCACUGAUGGAUCAGGCGAAUGAGACGGCGAUAAAGUUAUCUUUCUUGUAGCCUUCGAGGCUGCAACCUCUUCUACCGCCGUCGAGGAGCUACUCUGUGAACUUACGGAAGCAGCCUCGCUUUUCGUGUACAUUUCCCAAGAACUCAAGUGAAGUUCAGCUAACGUAGCAUCUAUCCCAGCGUAUCCGCUGUCCCGAGAUGAUGCCCUGGAUACUUCACGAGUUUUGGCGGUAUAAUUGGCCUCAGCUAGAGCAUCGGUACUGUUAGUAUCGGAAGAGCUUUCAGAGAACAUCGCCAUAUGCCUCCGAUACUCAGCUCGCAAAGUUUCAUAUCUUGCAAGAUCCUCAAUGUGCAAAAACGAAAUAUCUUCACUUCCAUCUCUACCCCGUGACCAUGUUUUCCUCUGUGGCCUGGUACCUGAGUCGUAAUCAGAAGUAAGUUUUCCUUGUGCUUUGAGAAAAUUCCGUGCUGCGUCCACGGCUCGUUUCUGGGGGUCCGCAUUUUUGUUGGGAGCGUACUUGUCAAUGAACUCAACGCCGAGAUCUGCCCAAGUCUUCGUCUUCCCAAUACUGUAUUCCGCAGCCAAUGGCUCUGUUAUUUCUCCGUCGUCUAUAUCACCCCAGGGAUAAACUAGUUUAGGGGGGCUUGCAGGUUCUCCCAGUGGUUUUUCCAAAUGGAUCGAAAGGGUCGUGGCUAGUGUUGCCUCUGGCUGUUUCAGCUUGCCUGCUUCCGUCCUCUGUUGUUUGCCCUCCGGUGUGCCCAAGUACAAAUCUAGUAGGGAGUCAUUGGACGGUGUGUUUGUUAUGAAUUGGAGCUCUUCGGGCUGAGUUGUUGAAGUACCAGGCGCUUCUCCUUCGCAUUCCCCAAUGUCUGAUAAUUGGUGUUUGCCACAACGAGGGUUACCAGCACAGCAAUUGAGACUCAGUUCUUGGCUAAGGCCCAUUCCCUUAAAAUUUCCAAAUUGCAUAGGUAGCCAGAUGCAUUCUAGUUUAGGGUUGGACUGUUCAUCAAGAUAUUUGAAAACGUAGCCUUUAGGCUGUGGAUAAAACGUGCUUAAACCUCGGUCGAAGAGAAUGUAAUUUGAAUACUCUACCGGGUUCUGGAAUAAACUUCCAAUAGCAUCACUCUUGGAUUGGUACGUCUCAUGGCGCGCUUCGCCGAAUUCGGUUUUGGGGAAGUCGAUAUGGAAUGGGCCUAUAGAGCUUUUCCUAGUCGUUGAUCUCAUUGCGCGUCGCUUCUUUUUCGAUGCCAAAGUCUCCGUCCUUUUCGGAACCAGAAGGGGGCUGGCUGAUAGCGUCUCACGAAGUGUGUUUCCUGGGGACUUAUUGGGGCGCUCGUCGCAUAUGGUAUUCUCUCUUGAGGGAGUAGCCUUGUUAUUCUUCAGCAUGGUGUCCAAGACAACGUUUUUGUCGAGAGACGCAUUGGUUUUCUAUAAAUUGUUAGUUUUAAAACAGUAUACUUUCAUAUGUUCUUCUCAAAUUCCAACCCCUUUCCGAGGCGAUUUCCCGGAUAGCUACAAAAAACUUGGUAGUACUCACGUCAACCUUAUCAUUCUGGGUAAACAUUCCACAUUCAUGCCCAAGAAAACCGGCAUUUAUCGAACUAUCCUGAGGCAGAGAGCCUAGCGGCGCUGUGUCGUUUAAGUGACAGGAGGGUCUGCUUUGGCUGGAGCGACCCUCAGAGAUGUUCAAGAUCUUAGACAUUCUUGCGGCAUUUUGAUCGAUUGAUUCCAAAAUGCUUUGUGGGACAUGUUCGGUAUUCAAGGUUUGUUGAAGUCGAGAUUGGACCAAUAGGUUCCUAUAUUUCUGAUCCAAGGCUUGUGCGCGAGAUGCAAAAGAUGGAUUGAUAUCAAUUUUUGACGGCAUACCGGGGCUUGCGAGAAGUAUAUUAUAAUCUGGGCCACCGAAAUCCAAGUUCUCUUUGAGCCUUUGGGCACUGUUAAACCAAGAUCCAGCUUAAAGUUUUAAGAUACUAGAGAGGGAUUAGUUACCUUCGUAGGCUCUGAGAUAUCGUUCCAGGGUAAGGGCCUGUAAGGCAUGAUUCACUCCGGGGAACCAUAUCUUGGGUUGCUGCACGCCUACCAAAACAUGUUGGAGGAAAUGGAGCUGCAUAGCCGCCAGAAUAUAUGCCUGAUGAGGGCUUCUUUGGUAAGCAAACUGGUUCUAUUGGCGCUUUGUGCGGUUGAAGAAGAGCCGCUUUCUUUGGCAUCUGAUCUGGAGAUCUUGGUCCCGAUGUGCUCCCUUGAUAGUCACACCAAGGGGCGUAAAUGGCGUCAACACUAACACCGGAGUCGGGGCGAGCCACUGGUUCUACAAUUUCAUCCUUGAAUGUUACCUUUCUGCGGCCAAUUGUUGCAUGAGAUCCAGCAGCAUAGGUUUGCGGAGGACGAACCCGAUCCGCAUCUUCAAUAGAUUGAACACCAAGAUUGUCGGGGAUCUGCAAGGUAUUCGCGCCUCCGCUUCUUUUUCGCAAUACAUUUGGCUGCACUGUUUGGUCGGGUCUGCGUCCUUUCAUUGAGCUUCUUUUCCCAAC